AUGGACCCCCGUCAGGACGAGGCAAUUCACCAUGAGCGGUUCGUCAAGGUUGUGUGCGUAGGAGCUGGAAUCUCUGGCCUUUGCCUUGCGUACAAAUUGCAGAGAUCUUUCACCAACUAUGACCUCACAAUUUAUGAGAAAAAUGCGGAGGUCGGAGGAACGUGGUUUGAAAACCGAUACCCCGGCUGUGCGUGUGAUGUUCCAGCACACAACUACACAUAUUCCUUCGAGCCAAAGGCAGACUUCUCUGCCGCCAUCGCGGGCUGGAAAGAGCUUAAACAGUACUACGACGACUUUGCAACAAAAUAUGAUUUGCGCCAUCACAUCCGCUUUUCCCACAUUGUGAUAGAGACUACGUGGGACGAUGCUAAGGGACAGUGGAAUAUUAUAACUAAGGAUUUGCAGACGGGGGUCGUUUUGCGCGACUGGUGUCACAUCCUGGUUCAUGCCACGGGGUACCUCAACAAGCCAGCAUGGCCCAAAGCCCCGGGACUCGAUGCCUUCAAGGGACCCAAGAUCCAUAGCGCGAACUGGGAUGAAACAAUCGACUUGAAGGGCAAGAACAUCAUCCUGGUAGGAUCCGGGGCCUCCGCCGUCCAGAUCCUCCCCGCGAUUCAACCAAUCGUCAGGGCUGCCAAGGUGUUUAUUCGGACACCUCGUUGGUCGUUGCCAUCGCCGAGCCAGAAGACUGGGGUGUUCUCGCCAGAGGAAAUUCAAAACUUCAUCGAUGACCCGAAAGCCCUCAUGGACCUUCGGCUCGCUAAUGAGCGGACCCUGAACAGUUUCUUCACAAUGUACAUGAAGGGAACUGUGCUCCAAGCCCAGGCCCGCGAGCAUCUGGCGAGCGAGAUGAAAAAGGUUAUCGUGGAUCCAGAGGUGCAGAAGACGUUGGUGCCCGAUUUUCCAGUUGGGUGUAAGAGAAUUCUUCCCUCCGGUGACAAGUUUUUACAUACCAUCAAAGAAAACAACGUUAAAGUUGUUUACUCUGGGGUCAAGCACUUCACCGAGUCCGGUUGUGUGAGUGAUGACGGGCAAUCUCAUACGGCUGAUGUCAUCAUUUGCGCAACAGGCUUUGACUUGUCUUUUGUCCCACGCUAUCCGAUCAACUUCAAGGGGCACAAUCUCCAAGAAGACUGGAAGACGUCCAUCACAGGUUACAUGGGCGUUGGAAUUGCCGAGUGCCCCAACUCAUUCACCAUCGCCGGCCCCUUCACACCCAUUUCCAACGGACCAGUUAUUGUCGCGCUCGAAUCACAAACUGAUUUUGUAUGCUCCUUCAUUGAUAAGUUCCAAACGGAGCCUGGAAUGGAGAGCAUGUAUCUCAAGGCGAGUGCGUCAUACGACUUUAGAUCCUACGUGGCGCAAAUCACGAAGAAGAUGGUUUGGUCCGACGCCUGCCGUAAUGACCAUAAUGUCCAACCUAACUGGGGCCAGUCGGCGAUUACAUGGCCUGGGUCGGUUCUCCAUUUCCUCGAGGCCUUGAGGGAGCCUAGGUUUGAGGACUAUGAGUUUCAGUACAACGGAAACCGCUUCGCCUGGCUGGGUAAUGGCCUCUCGCAAACCGAGUGGGACGACACUGCAGACCUGGCGUACUAUAUACGUGACCAUGAUGAUGGGAAGCACCUUAGUCGUCGAGCGAGGCUCAAGGAGAUUUCUAAGAGUGGAACCCAGCCUAAGAGGGUUCUUCACCGACAGGAAAAGCUCUCCACGGGCCGUCUUUAG